GUCAAAGUUAACUUUUUCGAUCUACCAGUUGCGUACUUUCGGUUUGCAGUAUAUUGUUGCUUAAAGAGAAAGUCAAGUAGAGUGUAAAAUUAAAAUACUGCUAAAAAAUGGUGGAUAAACUGGUGAACAGCGAAGCUAAUGCACGACGAAUACAAAUGGUGGAAAACUGCUUCGGGAGCUCCGGGCAACCCUUGUAUGUCCCCGGCCGUGUUCUGGUUGGUGAAGGAGUUCUCACAAAAAUGUGCCGCAAGCGUCCAAAAGCGCGUCAAUUCUUUCUUUUCAAUGAUAUUCUUGUAUACGGCAACAUAGUGAUUGGUAAAAAAAAGUACAAUAAGCAGCAUCUUAUACCGCUGGAGGAGGUGCAAUUACAAGCUUUAGAAGACAAUGGGCAGUACAGAAAUGGUUGGCUCAUACGAACAGCAACGAAAUCUUUCGCAGUUUACGCCGCAACGCAAACCGAAAAACAAGAAUGGAUGGCGCACAUAAACAAAUGCAUAGAAGAUUUGCUACGCAAAAGUGGUAAGAAACCGGUGGAAAAUCAUGCUGCUGUUUGGGUGCCCGACAGCGAAGCAAAUGUUUGCAUGCAUUGUAAAAAAACACAAUUUACUAUGUUGAUUCGAAGGCAUCACUGCCGGAAUUGCGGUGCUGUGGUAUGCGGACCAUGUUCGUCGAAAAAGUUUCUUUUGCCCGGACAAAGCACUAAACCAUUACGUGUGUGUCUGGAUUGCUACGAUAGCUUAAGUUCAAUGAAGCGAGAAGAGAACAAAGGCAUAAAUUCAAACAACAACAAGCCAGCGGUUACAUCCCCCGAAAGCUCGGGCGACGAUGACUCGGAUGAGGAAGAGGAAUCUAAGGAGGCACAUGGACAGAGCUUUAGAAGUCACUGCACCCCCGCGGUCAUCUGCGUAUAACAGGAAUUGAGCUUAGAAAAAGCCGCACCAAUGUGAUCAAGAGACAUUGCGUUUCAUAUACUACUUUUUGAAACCUAUAAAAAGAAGAUAAACUGGACUACGAAACACAGAGACCAGUUUAAAUUUCCUUUUCUUGUAAUAUUGGGGUUCUCCUCCCAUUGAUCAACAAUAAGCCUCGAUACCCCAAAUUUUAUGGAGACGACAAGCCCGAAAAAUAGCCACAGUUGUUUAAUUGCAGUUUGAUUCUCCCACAACAAACACACCAGAUUCGCAAUCAUCUUAAUAAUUUUGUAGCAGUUAUGUAGGAAAAAUAUACGAAAUUAUGUAGAGACGGUUGUCGACGAUAGUAUUUUUUCAGUUCAAUUCGCGCCUUACACCCAAAAGUUGUAGAAUUCCUAUGAACAAGGCUGCAAUAAAUAUUGACCAAUCAUUGAAAACACCAGAUAAAUGAAUUAUCGCCAUCCAGAUCCAUCAAAUGUGGGAGAGCAUCUGCACAGAUAUUUUGGAGUAUGCAUUCAAGCACUAAGAAUAUUGUUCUUUUUAGUUGAUGACGAAGCGAAGUGCUCGAUGUUAAAUUCUUUGAAUUUUUACGUUUGAAAGGUCUUAAUAUUUUGAGAAUAAAAACUAAAAGCUAUGCAACAAUAAAGAGUAUAUUUGAUUAAUAAAUAGGUUUAUUAUUCAAAAUUAUACCACUAGAAACAAAUUCUGAUAAUUUUAAAUGAUCAUCUUUGGCUGUAUUUGUCAGAAUGUCAAGUUCAUCACAAAUGUUAUUAUUCUUUGCAUUAGGUUAUAAAAAAUCAAGAUGUAUAUGAAGUAUAUGCUAGCUUAUGAAAUGAAAUAAAAUACAAAAUGCUCACAUUUUCA